AAAUUCUACUUAAAAUCUUGUCUAUUGUUGUGUAAACAAGAAAAAUGUAACUAUGCAAAACAGGUCUCGUUUAAUUACUUGAAAACCCCUAUGCAGAAGUAGACUCGACCAGCUCCGAGUGUUUGCGGGUUGAAGGUGUGGCGAUAACACGGUGGGUUUUACGAGUAAACAUUUCGCAAAUGUCUUGGAAGAAGUGACUCUUGUGAUUUGACCGACAUCUGAUCUGCGCUCCACUGCGCCCCGCUGUGCUCCACUGCGCCCCACUGCGCCCCACUGCUAUCUUCUUUAAGCAUCACUCCGGCCUGGACAAGGCCCAAGGACCAGGAACGCCUUUGUCCUCAUAGAUCCCGGCAAGCGUGAGACAUGCUGAGGUUUACACAGCGAAACAUAAAACUGGCCCUGAUCCCCUUGGUGCUAAUUGGCUGUGUCGCAGUCUUCGUCUACAUACUGAACACAGAAACAUUACGACCACAUGUAAUACACUCUUACCUCAGCCGUUCGAGAAUACAUGUCUCAAACAUCAGCUCUAUGAUGGAAAACACAGUUAAGUAUAAAGUUGGUACAAGAUCGACUUCUCUCGCAUUACAACAGGGUGCGAAAAACCACUCAACAGUUAAUGAAGGUAGUGUGAAAGUUUCACCUGGUGAUACAAAUUACACAAAACAUAUUACAGACUCCAAACGUGAUGCAUUCAAAUCCAACCUAAAGCCACGCAGACGGUAUCUGAUCUACCUGUGUGACAAAGUGCGGUCUUGUGGAGGCUGGGGCGACAGACAACGGGGUAUGGUAGCGGCCUAUCUGCUUGCUAAAGUAACAGGUCGACAGUUUGGCAUCAAUAUGUCCUACCCAUGUGAUAUCAAGAUGUUCUAUGUGCCAAAUAAAGUAAACUGGUAUGUGAAGGUAAAGGACAUUCGUGGUUUGAAUUGGGAAAAGGUGGAUUGGAUGGACAACCGCAAAGGCAUUGUCGACGUUGAAAGUGACUUUGAUAUUAAACACCCAAGUGAUGUUAUCUUCUUGAAAACAAACCAAGAUAUCAUCAACAGAAUUAAAAACAGUCCAAGAUAUGGUCGCUUUGUUCCAAAGGAGUUUAAAGACAUGAAACAUUAUAAAAUCUUUCAAACAAUUUGGCACCUUCUGAUGAAACUAUCUAUUCAUUUUGAAGAACAUGUUGACAUGUUUAUGAACAGAAUUCCAAAGAACAGGGCUUUAAUCUGUGCUCACGUACGAAUGAGGAAGAAUCCUACCAUUCCCAACGACGGUUCCCAAAUAAAUUCAUUAUCGUCUGUAGAUUCCUUAUGGAGAUUUUUGUCUAAGCAUGGCAACCAAAGUCGUGUCUUCAUAGCCAGCGACUCUCUGGGUGUGCGUAAGAGUGCCAGGAAAUGGUUCGGUGAACGUGAAGUUGACACUGAUGGUUUAGUGCUUCACAUUGACCGACAAGGAAAAUGGUCUAAUGCUUGUCUGGGUUUUGAAAUGGCCCUUCUGGAUCAGGCUAUCCUAGGUCUCUGCAAGGUCCUUGUUGUUUCAGGUAGCAACUUUAGUAUCAGAGGCGCCAUGAUCUCGCGACUAAAACAGAAACUUUUCAUAUUUAAAAAUGGAACAAUUACGCCAUUUAAAUUGUAAUGGUUGACGUGGUCAUUAUUGUAUUCAACAUACAAUUUAGUCCCUAUCUUUUGAAUACAUUAAGGAAGGGAUACAAUAAACACCUUCAAACAAAA